AUGAAAGGGAUAAUUACAAAUAGGAAUGUAGCAGAAAUAGUUCUAGAUGAAUUAGAUAUAUUGGCAGGGCUACUGAAAGAUUUAAAGUCACGAGAUAGUAAAGUAUUUUACAAGAUAUAUCACUCUUUACUUCGUCUAAGGCAUAAUUGGCGAGAGCUUUCUAUAAAUGCUGAACAAAAUAAUACUUUACUACAGGAACACUAUAAUAAUUUGAUUUUGGAUAAGAAACUUCAGUUAUUUGAGUUAAAUCAAAGAAAAAUGAAUAUUGAAUAUAUUAUAAAGGAUAUUUUAAAUUGUAUCCAUCCAGCUUUUGAUACAUUUGUAAAGCAGACUUCUCCAGAUAAAAUAGAUACAAAAUGUGAGACUCUUAAUGAAGUAUUUGAAACUACUGAAGAACACUUAUAUAAUGAUCUAAGGGAAAGAAAAAUGCGUAAAACCGAAGAAGAGGCUUUAAAUAAAAGGAAAGAGUCAUUAACAAGCCAGCUUCAAUCACUUAAGAAACAAAGAGAGGAUAUACCAAGACAAUUUGAAGGUUUAUCUAAACAUUUAGAGAAUGUAAAAAAGUAUCUUUUAAAAAUGAAUAUUUUACAAAGGAAUCAUAUAGAUAAUCUUCAAGAUUUACCAUUACCUUUAAAAAUUAUAUACAUUAAAUUCCGUAUAUAUAUAGACUCUUAUACUCGUGAAGAUAAGGAUAUUAUUGGAUUAUUAAUAGAUGAAUAUGGAGUAAUUAGCAUCAAUAUUAAUAAAUUUAUAGAUAAUAUUCAACCUAAAGAUAAUGAUUCUAUAAACUUUAAUGGAGAUUUAUAUGAAUUACCUAUUCGUUUAGAGUUCUCAUUAAUGAAUUCUAUAUCAUCUCUAGAGGUUGUAGUUGCAUCUAUUUACUCUUCUAAAAAUAAGCUUUUAAGUCACAGUAUAUUAGCUAAUCUAUGUUUUCCAAAUGAUGAUGGAACCUUGAUACCACUUAUUGAAGAUGAAACAUUGGAAAUUACAACAAAAUCUGAAUAUGGUAGGGCCUAUAUAUGGGUGCAGGCUUUGAGUAAUAACUCAAAUUUCCCUUCAGGUUACAUAAGUCCGAAAGUAGAUGAUAUAAUUAGAAAUAUACAAAAAAGAUUAUUAAUAGUUUCUUAUUCAACAUAUUUUAUUAAACUGCUAAUUAAAUCCCCAGAAGAAGCAUACAAUAUAAUGAACCUAUCUAUACCACUUGAUAUGUUCCAAAAGUCCUUUAGAGUAUUGUCAAAAUUACCAGAAUGGACGAGUGAGACUGAAGAAAUUGAAAUAGAUAUUCAAAUUUGUUCAUUUCUCAUUAAAGCAAAGAUAUCUAUACUUGGACAUGGACUUUUUUAUAGUGAUACAAAUAAUGAAAUAUCUAGUCUUAUAGAACAAAUAAAUGACCUAAGGAUAGAAAAUUUUGAAGGAGAUUUUAGUAUAAAUAAUAUAGAAUCAAUUAUAUUGGUUACUAAGCAAAUCAAAGUUUUAUUAAAUUUUUGCCUUCAACAUAAAGACCAAAUAUAA